UGUACCUAAGUCUACUUCUCUGUUUAGUCAUGGUGACCACUGCCAUGAAACCAGACACCAAACACUUUUUUAACUACUAUCUUAAAGCAGUUGAGGCUGAGGUGACGUCUACGCCCACACCCACCACAACGACACAUUUUCCAGACAUUGACAAGGAAACAAUCAACGAGUUUUUACGAAAAAAACAUUUCGAUAAAGACUUCAUGUCGGUCCACGAGCCGUCGUCUGCUUUGAAACAGCAGCUGACUGAGCGUCUUGAACAUGGCCGCAAUCUCAUUCCAAAAUAUGUCAAACUCAAACUGAGGCUAGACAAGAAAACGAAAAAUAGAGUCCAGAACUACCUUUGGUCCAUGACCAAAUGCCCAGUGAGGUACACAUGGAAAUACUUGGGCACCAAGUUCUGGCCUCGUUGGAUCAGAGAAGGCCAAUGUCCGAAAAAAUCGUGCUCUAUUCCUCCAGGGAUGAGCUGCAGGCCGGCGGAGACAGUGAACAAGACCAUCUUGAUGUGGCGCUGUGAGAACCUGCACUGUGCAUGGAAACACUUCACUUUCCCAAUAUUGACUAAGUGCACAUGUUCCUGCAAGUCUUCAAAGCUUUCAUUAUCCUGAAGUGGCAUAUCAGAGACAUUCUUAAUGAUAGACUGCAAGCAAAGUAUCAGUUUAAAAAGACAACAGCCAAUUAGUGCUUAUGAACUGAGCAGUCCAUUUAUAUGGAUUUAGACAAGUUACCUUUCCAACUAGAGGAUGUAACGUCUGUUUCCCAAGCUGGC